AUGGGAAAAUUAAAUUAUUUUCUUGGCCUUCACAUCAAGCAACUCAAGCAUGGCAUCUUCACAAAUCAGGCAAAGUAUUGCAAAGAAUUACUCAAAAGAUUUGAAAUGGAAAAAUGCAAGGAAAUUGUGACUCCUAUGGGAUCCAGAACCUAUGUUGAUAAAGAUGAAUCAGGAUGCAAAACGGAGCAUAAAAGCACAAGCGACACUUGCCAUAUCUUAGGUAAUGCAUUAGUAUCAUGGUCCUAUAAAAAACAAGCUUGUGUUGUCCGUAGCACUGCUGAAGCUGAAGACAUAGCAGCAGGAAGUUGCUCUGCACAUAUUCUAUUGCUCAAACAGCAAUUAUAUGACUAUGGACUUGAUCUCGGAUGCGUUCCAUUAAGAUGUGACAACACCAGCAACAUUGAAGUAACUUUUAUGGAUACACACAAUCAAUUAGCAGACAUCUUCACAAAACCUCUACCUAAAGACUCUUUUUACAAGAUACGAAGAGAACUUGACAUUUUAAAUGAAAACGAUCUCUAA